UUUACUACAUUAAUUGAUAAAAAUUAUAACGACACCCCUAUACCAUGAAAUAGAGUUUAACAUACAUUAAUACAUAUAUAAUAUGUGGUUAAAAAUUUAUUAUAAUAGGGUGCUUUUUGUAAAAAAAAAAAUACCUUUCUUAAUUUUUAUGUUUAUACUAAAACCUUCUAAUAAAGGGUUAAAUAAUCAAAUUAUUACUUACGAAACUUUGCAUAUGAAUAGGCAUUUUCAAAACAACUAGGAAAAUAUUAGAUUUUCGCUAUAUAUGUGUGUGUGUGUGUGUGUGUGAAAGAUGAGAUUUAUGAUAAAAAUUCAGAAAACUUAAUUGAUUGUAUUUUAUGUAUGGAAAGAUUUUUAAUAUACAUAUAUAUAGAACAAUGAACACAUUCUUGAUGAUGACAACAACAAAAAAAAAAGAACACAUUCUUGACAUAGAGAGGGACAAUAAAAUAACACACAACUACACAAUAUAUAUACUAUUAACAAUCCUGUAAAUUAAAUAUACUAAAGGAAAUCAUACAUAUACAAAGAAGAUUACAUUUUUUUUUUUACAAAAUGGUAACAGUUUUGUGAGCUCUGAUUAUCUAUAUAAAGACCAAAGCCAUCUGCUGAUCUUUAAGCCCCACAAACCAAAAUACACUCUCCUUUAGUCUCUCUCCCCUCCCUCUUCAUCUAAUUUCCUUUGAUCAGCCAUGGCUACCGAACUCGAAAGCUCCUUAGUCUUUGCCCUUCUGUCCAAAUGCACCGUUCCAAGCCAAACUAAUCUCGCCUUCUCUCUCCUUGCCAUAGUAUUCGUAUGGCUCGCCAUCUCUUUGUUCUUCUGGACCUAUCCCGGUGGACCUGCAUGGGGAAAGUUCCUCUCACGCCGGUUAGCUAACAAAACCGGUACGGUUAUCCCCGGUCCAAGAGGGUUCCCUUUCGUGGGAAGCAUGUCUCUCAUGUCCAGCACUCUAGCUCACCGCCGUAUCGCAGACGUUGCGGAGAGAUUCGGAGCCAAACGGCUCUUAGCUUUCAGCUUAGGGGAGACACGCGUGAUCGUCACGUGCAAUCCCGACGUUGCUAAAGAGAUUCUCAAUAGCCCUGUUUUUGCUGACCGGCCGGUUAAGGAAUCAGCUUACUCUCUGAUGUUCAACCGGGCGAUUGGUUUUGCACCACACGGUGUUUACUGGCGAACUCUGCGGCGUAUCGCUUCGAACCAUCUCUUUAGUCCGAAACAAAUCAAACGUGCUGAAACACAGAGGCGAGUGAUCGCUAGCCAGAUGGUGGGACUUCUUGAGAAACAGAGCACUAACGGCGUCUGUUUUGUUCGUGAGUUGCUCAAAACGGCGUCGCUUAACAACAUGAUGUGCUCUGUUUUCGGACAAGAGUACGAGCUUGAUCAAGACCAUAGUGAGUUACGUGAGUUGGUCGAAGAAGGCUAUGAUUUGCUCGGAACAUUGAAUUGGACCGAUCACCUUCCUUGGUUGUCGGAAUUUGAUCCACAGAGAAUCCGGACUAGAUGUUCCGCACUCGUACCAAAGGUAAACCGGUUUGUAUCCCGGAUUGUAUCCGAGCAUCGUAAUCAAACCGGUGACUCGCCUCGUGAUUUCGUGGACGUCCUGCUCUCCCUGCAUGGCUCUGAUCAUUUAUCCGACCCGGACAUCAUCGCCGUUCUUUGGGAGAUGAUAUUCAGAGGAACGGACACUGUAGCGGUUUUAAUCGAGUGGAUCCUAGCUAGGAUAGUGCUUCAUCCAGAUAUUCAAUCGACGGUUCAGAGUGAACUUGAUUUGGUGGUCGGAAAAUCAAGAGCUGUAGAUGAGUCUGACUUGGCUUCACUUCCAUAUCUGACGGCUGUGGUUAAAGAAGUCCUGAGAAUGCAUCCACCAGGCCCACUUCUUUCAUGGGCCCGUUUGGCCAUAACAGAUACGAUCGUUGAUGGUCGUUUUAUUCCGGCAGGGACCACAGCAAUGGUGAACAUGUGGGCAAUAGCGCAUGAUCCACACGUGUGGGUCGAUCCUUUGGAGUUCAGACCCGAAAGAUUUGUGACGAAAGAAGGUGAGGUGGAGUUCUCGGUUCUUGGGUCGGAUUUAAGACUAGCGCCUUUCGGGUCUGGUCGUAGGACCUGUCCUGGGAAGAAUCUUGGAUUGACAACCGUUACGUUCUGGACCGCAACGCUGUUACACGAAUUUGAAUGGGGAGUGUCAGAUGGUAACGGCGUUGACUUAUCUGAGAAACUAAGGCUUUCAUGUGAGAUGGCUAAUCCUCUUGCUGCUAAACUGCGCCGUAGACGUACUUAAGGUUUUAAUAUUUUCAUGCGUAAGGUGAUUUUGUGCGUGUGUUGUGAUUUGUGAGGCUGCUGAAAGGUGAAUGAUGUGUCUCUACUAUUGUAAAUACAAUGAAAAAUAAUUUAUAGUUCUAUUCUAAAUUUAUAUACGUACACUAGUACACAGCAGUUUAUUUUA